UCGAUCGAAUGUUUUUCUAAUAUCAUAAUUAGAAAAUGAUUAAUUCAGUGAGUAAAUAAAACAUAAAAUGAUGGACGAAAACGAAUUCUUCAGGGAGACAGUCCAACAUUUGGCAAGAUGUCUUUCCUGUAUAAAUCCUACACCAUGGGAGAAGGUGAAUACACUAUUCAUGCUGUGCCCACAAGCAAGUUCAUCAUUUGUUGUGACACCACGCAAUCAAGAAGCCAACAUAGCUCUAGGCAUUUAUUUCCUACAAAGUGGCCUUCAGCACCAAGACAAGCUACUACCAUAUUUCCUAAAAGUACUCAAGUGCCUUACAAAUGCACAAUUUGAAGAGCCAAUGUGUCGAAUCAAGAAUGGUGAUCGUAUACCGAUGUCAGAAAAAUUUAGCUUCUGUUUAAAUACAUUGCUGUCAGACGUUGCGACGAAGCAGCCAGGAUUGCGUGAAGAAAUCGUCACAGCCCAAAUCGAACUUAUGUCAAACCUCACAAAGACCAUAAUCCACUGUCACGAAAGCAGAGAUUAUAACAAUAUAUCGAAACUACAACUCUGUAAGAGUACUCUACCAAUUUUAAUAGGACUGGCCAGGUCUAUGGGACGCUAUGCAACAAUUGAACCUCCUCUAUUGUGUCGGUUAUUCCCGCAGCCGAGCAGUCCAGUUAAAUCAAAGGAUCCUGAGCCGAGCUUCGAAUAUUCCACCCUGGAUAAGAAAAGAAAGUUUAAUCAGUUCCGCCCAAUCAUUCCAAGGUCUCUGUCAGGCAACCUAAAUCCUAACAUAGAGAAUAUAGUAGAAAAUGGUAGUGACACAGUAGACAGUGCGAACGGAACACUAAAACGAGGAUCCUUACACAGUUACAGCUCCGUCCCAUACGACCCGACGACAUAUUUUUUCCACAAAUUCGGGUCGAGUUUCAACCAGUUUCCGUAUAUGAGGUAUUCUGAGUCGCCAGAGAAGAGAACUAGUGUACAGUUCUACGUGACGUAUCUCCAGUCGAUAUUGUCUCUGGCGAAGAAGCUACUGACCAAAGAUUUGUUGUCGUUUUUGGACGAAGAGGCUGAGGAUGUGUUUGCUUCCGGUCAAAUACAGGUUUUCCCAUACAAAUCAUUUUCUGAGACGCUGAAUUUGGUACUGGUAACACUGUUACGAGAUAUCCUGCAACACCAGAAAGAUUUACCUGGACCUUUUACUAAAGAUGUGCAAGAAUUCGUUAAAUGCCUGUUUUUGAGUGGACAAACUGAACUCCAAAGUCGGCACCACGAUGCGUCAGAGAAAGAGGACCGAGAGAGUAACUUCGCGACUGUGAAUAAGUUCAAAGUGAACGUUAUGGCGAAUUCCGCGUGCGUCGACUUGCUCGUUUGGGCUAUCGGCGAUGAAACAGUGGAUGAGGACUAUGACGUGCCGGCACUUAUAAAUGCUCUAACAAUAUUAAUAGGGGCCGAUUCUUUGUGUGGACGAUUGACGGAGAAAAUAAAUUCUAACCAUAAUCACAAACUAAUUCUAGCUCAUAUGCCACUGUUGAUGGUCUGCCUUGAAGGACUAGGUAAAUUAGCGACGAAGUUUCCAACGAUAGCGAACACGUCGAUAUACUGUUUGCGAGAUUUCUUGGUUACACCUUCGCCAAUAUUGUUUAAAUUACACAAACUGGAACUCGAAAAAACGGGGAAGGAACACAUAAAAAACUCAGUGCAAAACAAAGAACUUCAAACGGAAACAGGGGCGCCUUUAAAGUCGACUCCGUUCGAGAAACUUCGAGACUCUGCGAUUGGGAACCUAUGCGUCGCUCUCGAAGCUGCGCUGACAGUUGACCCGUUCUGUGUGCCCGCUCUGGUCGGCUCCGUCAGUAAUAGGUUGUUCACUGCUGAGACCAGUGACAGCGAGUCCUCGCUAAUCAGUACGAAUAUCGUUAUAAUGUUGGGUCACGUGGCUGUGGCUCUGAAGGAUACACCGAAGACAACAGACACCAUAUUGCAAUUUUUUCAACAGAGAUUAUGUCGUUCUCCAUCUUCGCUGGACACGCUGAUAGUGGAUCAGCUGGGCUGCAUGGCGCUCGCCAGCCCCGAGGGUCCAGCUCAUGACGAGAUCAUGAGGAUGUUCACCGUCAUCACAGUGGAAGCAGCCAGCGCCGCCUACCAGCACACUGAUGACAGGAAGCAGUAUCGGCACGUGUCCGGCGCCGUCCUGAACGCGCUGGCGAACAUCGCGGCCAACGUGCGUGGCACGGGCGCGCGGCUGGAGCUGCUGACGCGGCUGCUGGAGCUGUUCGUGCAGCUGGGGCUGGGCGGCGAGCGCGCCACGGACCGCUCGCCCGCGCCCGUGCUCAAGGCGUCCGGCAGCGCCGGCAACCUGGGCGUGCUCAUACCCGUCAUUGCGGUACUCGUAAAGAGAUUACCUCCGAUAAAAAAUCCAAAACCGAGAUUGCACAAGCUCUUCAAGGACUUCUGGCUUUACUGCGUCGUGAUGGGAUUCACAGCUGCCGAAUCAGCCAUGCGAAAGCGACUGUGGCCCCAAGAAUGGUACGCAGGUGUGAAAGAGAUAGCUGUAAAAUCUCCCUUCCUUGUCUCGCAAACGUCCCUGCGCUCUGAAAUGCGAGAACUGCAGUACACGUCAGCCGUGCGAAACGACUCCGUGUCGAUAAACGAACUGCAGGAACUCAAGACACAGAUACUGAACCUGUUGGACCACCCGCCCGACGUCACUGUUAUCGUUAAUAAGCUGACGUUCGCGCCUUGUAUGUAUCUCCUGAGUGUUUAUUGGCUGGAGACUUUGAGGGUAUUAAACUCACCAGAACCAAGUUUGCAGCCGAUUAUCGAAUAUUUGAGCGAUACGGCUCUUCAGAAGGACAAAAGUGGUAUGUGGCAGUGUGUUGCCAGCGUUGGCGACAAAGUGUUCCAGAAGUUUCUGGAUGUUAUGUCGGAGAAGAUAAAGGAUGAGUCCCGCGAGAGGGAACUCGAGGGCCACGCUCAGUUCCUAUUGGUCAAUUUCAACCACAUACACAAACAAAUAAGACGGGUAGCAGAUAAAUGGCUAGCAGGCCUGGUUGAUAAAUUCCCUCAUCUCUUGUGGAACUGUCGGGUACUUUGGUCGAUGUUGGACAUUCUUCAAGUUCUAAGCUUUAGUCUAGAAUUGGACGCGAAUCAAGAAACGCCAUUACUGAAAGUUCCCGGGACUGACUUCACUCUACAACUACAAGAUACAUUGGAAGGUCGUGAGGGUAUAGUUAAGGAUUUCGCUGAUCGCUGUCAUGGCAUCGUCCAAGAGGCUAUGAAAUGGGCCCCGCAGUCCACCAGGUCUCAUUUACAGGAAUAUCUUAAUCAGGUACCAAAUUCAACACUAUGGCACCAUUGUGGACUGGCUCUCGCAACGGGGGCUUUGCUGGGAGCGGCCGGCCUCAACCGCAUGUCCGCCCCACUGCCGCGCUCUGCCUUGGAGAAGAGGCCCCCCUGUGUGACGCAGGACUCCGCCGCACUGCUGGCCGUCGUCUCGCAAAGGAGCAGAUAUUCCGGAGAGGUGGCGGGCGCGGUGUACGCGGAGGGCGGCGGCGAGGGCGGCGUGUGGCGCGUGGGCGCGCGGCUGCUGGCGGCGCUGCGCGACGCGUGCGCCGGCGGCAGCGAGACCGCGCACCGCGCCGCGCUGUGGCGCUGCACGGCGCUGCUGGUGCACGCGCGCGCCGCGCCCGCCGCGCCCGCCACGGCCGCGCCCGCCGCGCGCGCGCUGCUGCACAGCAUCGCAUGGUCCCAAGUGGACAUAUUCACGGAGGACGCGGUGACCACGGCGGUGGAGUGCUGGCAGUGGCUCAACACCUCCCGACCGGACCUGGAGCUGCGGCUCCUGCAGGAGAUCUUCGCCGCCUGGCAGUGCACUGUCGAUCGGAAGAUGGGGUUGUUCUCUAAGCAGACCGACGAAACUAGUCCCUUAGCGGCACAUGAAGGUGCAAAAUUAGAACCUCGACCACCAUUCGUGGCUCCACACGCGGUGUGGAUCCGAUAUCUGUGCGAGGUGGCUGAAACUGCAAAGUAUAACAGUCUGGAGAAAGUCGAGAUGUUAGCUAGUCUUCUGCACAGGUCACUGCCAAUAACAGUGGGCGAUAUACGCGACCACAUAAACAGACACGUCGAUGCGGCCGGAGUGAGAUUCAGGCUGCUGUCGUGCGGCAUCUCGCUGCUGCAGGGCGACAUCCUGCCGCGCUCGCUGGCGCGCAACAUCCUGCGCGAGCGCGUGUACAGCGUGUGCCUGGACUACUUCUGCCGCGGCCUGCAGUGCCCCUCCAAGAGCGCCGGCGCGCUGCGCGAGGACAUCAUGUCGCUCAUCAAGUUCUGGCAGCUCAUGCACUCCGACAAGAAGUACCUGAAGAGUAGCGAUAUCGGCGCUGAUUUCGAGUUAAUGAAUCCCAGCAGUAGGCAAAGUUUAUACGCGUCAAAUUCACCGACAGACCAUCGCUCCUCUGUUAACAGUAGCGAUAUUGGAAGCAGGCAGACCACUGGCUGGAUAAACACGGUGCCGAUGUCCACGACGACACUGAGCAGCGGGGCCGGCAGCAUCGCCGGCAAGCGCUCCAACCGCAGCGUGAAGCCGCCCGCUAAAUCUCUGGAUCCUUUCGUUAAAGAUUAUGUCAAGAAGAGAAAUCUUAUUCUGGAACUCAUGGCAGUAGAGAUAGAGUUCCUGGUGACGUGGCACAACCCGCACGGGCGGCCCGAGCAGGCAGUGCCGGGGGAGGACAACAUCGCCACCUGGAGGUCCAAGCCCAACUCCGAGAGGAUCUGGCGGGACUACACCAAGCUGGCCUGGGACAUCAGUCCGACGUUGGCGGUGUUUUUACCGGAGAGGUUAAAGAACGAGGGCAUAGUGGCCGAGAUCAAGCGCAAGGUGCAGCUGCAGCCGACGGCGGUGUGCCACGUGCCGCAGGCGCUCAAGUACCUCGUCACCACGGAGACGCUGCUCAACGACGCGCACGAGCUGGUGCACAUGGUGACGUGGGCGCGCGUGUCGCCGGUGGAGGCGCUGUCGUACUUCAGCCGGCAGUACCCGCCGCACCCGCUGUCGGCGCAGGCGGCCGUGGCCACGCUCACGUCCUACCCCUCCUCCGCCGUGCUGCUCUACAUCCCGCAGCUCGUGCAGGCGCUGCGCCACGACACCAUGGGCUACGUAGCCGAAUUAAUAAAAUCCCUCGCGAAGAAGUCUCAGGUGGUCGCGCACCAGCUGAUCUGGAACAUGUACACCAAUAUGUAUACGGACGAAGAGAUGCACAAUAAAGAUACGGCCUUAUUCGACAUACUGGAGAAUUUAACGAAGUGCAUCGUCGACACGCUCUCCGGUCCGGCGAAGGCGUUCUACGAGAGAGAGUUCGACUUCUUCAGUCAGAUCACGAACAUCAGCGGCAUCAUAAGACCUUUCCCUAAAGGAGCCGAAAGGAAGAGGGCUUGCUUGGAAGCGCUGAAGAACGUUAAGGUGCAACCAGGCUGCUAUCUGCCAUCCAAUCCCGACUCUAUGGUCAUCGAUAUAGAUUAUAAAAGCGGAACGCCGAUGCAAAGCGCCGCCAAAGCGCCGUACUUGGCGCGCUUCCGGGUGCGGAAGUACGGCAUCUCCGACAUGGAGACCGUCGCCAUGGCCAUCGCGUCCGGGGAGGACCUGCCCGCCGAGGAAGGCAAGGACCGCUACACGUCGAUCGCGGCGGAGACGUGGCAGGCCGCCAUAUUCAAGGUGGGCGACGACGUGCGGCAGGACAUGCUGGCGCUGCAGGUCAUCACGCUCUUCAAGAACAUAUUCCAGCAAGUCGGCCUCGAUCUGUACCUGUUCCCGUAUAAAGUGGUCGCCACUGCGCCCGGGUGCGGCGUCAUAGAAUGCGUGCCCAACGCUAAGUCCCGUGAUCAGUUGGGAAGGCAAACGGACAUUGGCAUGUACGAGUAUUUCAUAAAGAAGUAUGGGGAUGAAACUACGAGAGAAUUUCAGGCGGCAAGGAGAUGUUUUGUAACAUCGAUGGCUGCGUACAGCGUUAUUGGAUUCCUGUUGCAAAUCAAAGAUCGCCACAACGGCAACAUCAUGCUGGACACGGACGGACAUAUCAUUCAUAUAGAUUUCGGCUUCAUGUUCGAAUCGUCACCGGGUGGUAAUCUCGGAUUCGAACCGGAUAUCAAGUUGACGGACGAAAUGGUGAUGGUGAUGGGUGGUAAGAUGGAGGCACCGCCGUUCAAGUGGUUCUGUGAGCUCUGCGUACAAGCCUUCUUGGCUGUCAGGCCCUACCAGGAGGCAAUAAUAUCGAUAGUGUCGCUCAUGCUGGACACGGGGCUGCCGUGCUUCCGCGGGCAGACCAUCCGCCAGCUGCGCUCGCGGUUCGCGCCCAACUCCACCGAGAAGGACGCCGCCGCCUUCAUGCUCGCCGUCAUACGGAACUCCUUCCUCAACUUUAGGACGCGCACCUACGAUAUGAUACAGUAUUAUCAGAAUCAAAUACCUUACUGAAUAUCGUUACUAUAUCUAAUGUAGAAAACUGUAUCCCCCUCCGGUUAAAUCCCCCCCUGGGAAUUUUUAAACCCACCGUGGUGGUUUAAGGUUAAUCUGUAUAUGUAUAUAUCACAGAAGGGUCUCUUGUGGUAGAAUUUUCAUACUCAGACGUUGAAGGAAGGCGUAUCCUCUCUUCGAUGAGGAUACCGUUAGCAAAAUUGUUACUUAUUUCAAUAAUAUUCAAUUUUAAUACUUUAGUUUUUCUACCAGUCGGAAAGCAUUUUCUUUUAUAUUGUUUCAUUUGUUUUUUUUUUUAUUAUUAUUAAUGUUACCAUUUUGAAACGCGUAUUUUUCAAAUUCAGGUGUAGAUUGAUGUUUCUGGAGGCACAAAGAGAAUCGUCACAUUGUCCGUAAAGUCUGCCCGUGUCAUGUCAACUCUGAUAUUUAUUAAGGUUUAAUGGUUUUAUUUUCGAAUUUAAGACGUUAUAAUAUCAAUACAAAACCUUAAAUAUUGAAUGAAAUGUAAUCCUUCUCAAUGUUAGUUUAAUGCUUUUAUCUGUCAGACACACUUUUAAUCCAAUACUGUAAUAUGGAUGCAUUUACACGCGUGAGUGAGUAUCUUCGUAGGCUGACGUCGACACAUAAUUUUACGUCGUUUAUUUUUUUUCAAAUUACAUACACGGACCGCUUUCCCAGUAGAGCCGAGUCUUGUCUGACAAAACUUGGUGAGCUAAUUUUUUUGAAGUAUUUGUGCUUUGAUAAAUCCCACUCGUUAAAACAAUACUAUGUCUAUAACAGAUUAUAAAAUCAUUAAUUUGUAUCCUGAAUUAAUAAAUAUUAUAGACCAAAAGUUAAAUAUAAAUAAAUAUAUCAAAUAAAUGCAAUGUUAGUAUGUAUACAAAUAUAUGCUAUCGGAAAAUUGUAAACGCCAUUAGUUUUAAAAUGAAUCUAGCCAAUUUCAGUUAUAUAAUAACAAAUCUAAAAUAUAAACUACGAAAUGUUGUGCUUCAUGUUUACAUUUUUUAUGCUGACUGUACAAUAUUAUCAAAAUAUUAUCUGUUUUAUGCUUCAAUUUCAAUUAAUUAAUAUCAAUAAAAAAGUACAUUUAUAAAUAAUAAUCAAAAUAAAUGGUGCAGUAACUUUCGAUCAUCGAAUAAUAAAAAAAAAUAUUAUGUUUUAAAUAAUUUAACUACAAUCAAUAUAUCAGCUUCUUAAAUCUUACGAUAUAGUAAUAUCAUACUAUAUAGAUAAAUAAAUAAUUAAAAAUAUAUAGAUAUAUCUAUAAAUUAUGCCACGAAUCGACCUCCUAAGGAACAAUAUACUUGCACCUCAUUGGUCGAUGCGCGCGACAUCGAUAGGCGAAAUGAAUUCAUCACGAAAGAUGUUCUAAAAGUAUCUGGCUAAAGAAAGUCACGCGUAUUAACCAAUGGGUGCCCAAGGACAAUUUCCUUUGGAAACUCGUGUCUUUGUAUGGUUUUUUAUUUUAGUACCUUGUUCAUUGAUUUCCAAGAUUGACAGUUGGUAUCGGUUCUUUAAUAGGUUUCGGCAUAAUACUUUACACGUAAUUAUUUGCACAUAUUUAAUAAUUGCUUUAUAAAUGUAACAAUUUUACGAACAAAGCGUAUGGUGUUGCCGGGUUAAAUAAUUUAAGAAUAAUUAUAUUUAGAUAGAACUGCGUCCUAUUAGGUUUCUUUUAGAUGUUAAUAGAAAUUAUAGCCAAAAUGACAUUGAAAAAAAAAUAUAUCAAACCAUAUAUGUAUAUACUAUAGCCAUGAAUAAUGUUAUCAUACCUUAUGAAAUCGGACUUAAAAAAAUAGACAUUUAAUUAAAUACAUACUUCAUAAAAAGUUGCGUUUACACAAUAUAGCUCAAACAUGAUAAAAAAAUACGUGUAAUGUAAACGCGCCACUAUUAAAAAAAAAAGUAUAUUUUUUAUUCCAGAAAUAUAACGAUAUUUUCAUGUACGUAAUAUUAUAUGUUAUUUAUUGUAAUGUUUAAAUAAAUGUGUGAUUAUUUCGAUAUUUAGUGCAAAUUUGUUAUUUUUUGUCCAUUCAAGUUGUUGAUCAUGUCGAUAUUCUAUUAAAUUUAUUAUUAAUAUACGCUUUGAAUUAUAUCAUUAAAUAUAAGACUAAAUGAAAAAAAAAACAACUUUGAAGAAUUCUAUAUAUCUAAUACCAUAAAUUUAGUAUAAAAUGUUUAGAGUGCUGAAUUUUAUGCUGUAAUUAAAAAAUAUUUCGGCAAUAAGAUUGCAAAGCUUGGAUAUAAUUAACAGAACAAAAUACAAUGAAAAUUAAAAUUAUGUAUUAAGUGGAAGCUGCCAUUUUUUUAUGAGGCUGUUGGAUGAAAGCAUCAUUGAAAAAAGAGAGAUUUAUAUCAAGACUCCCGAUUGAAACGAAGUUGCUUUGUAUUAUAUAUAAUAACAGACAACGAAAUAAUAUUAACAACGUUUGACAAUAUAUAAAUGAUAAAAAAAAAUGUGAUAAACAUCAAAAAUAUUUUUUUUUUAAUAUCAAACCGUAAAUAAUAGAAAGAGAGAGAUAGAGUGACAAUUUGUGUCACUUCACUGUAAGCCGUGUAAGCUUCGUUCUAAAAACUACUGGUUAAUAACGGUUCUUUUAGUCUUUUCCUAAGCUAAAGUCUAUUCCAUAUUUAAAAUUCAAGCUUGUAUCUUAUUGCCGUAACAAUAUCUGUUAUGAACAUUCCUCUGAUAGUUACUUUGUUGUUGGAAUUAAAGUAUGUGGUAAAGG